CUCGCGUUCUUGAGGAAUUCGUGAUCAAUGAAAGUGAAAGAAGACUAAAUAAGAGAGGACAAACGCGAUAAUGCGUCCACGACCGGCAGGAGAGAGGGUCAAGACAAUUCCUUAAUGGGCCAGUCAAUACAUGGAGACGUAAACUUCUCCAGAGGCAGCUGUUGGUGAUGAGUAUGUCGGUGUUACCCUGGAGUAGAUGUUCUUUGUUUCAGUCCAGCGUGUCCAUGAUAUGGUCUCUGUGAACAAGAUCCUGAGGCACAAACUAGAAACAGGAAAUACUAUGGAUAUCCUCAGUGCAGUAGAUUUCUCCUUCACAUAGCAUUUUGAGUGGAUUGCUUCACCCUUUUUGUACACAACUUCCAAAGUUCUCUUUCCAUAAGUGGCAAUCAACGGCCAUGAUUGGAAAGAGUUCAGAUUGAUACAGUGCCUAAAGGGGACAGAGAAGAGAGAAAGGUAGCCACACAGAGUAUGGGGGCACCUGGCGGGCCAGUUCUGGGUGGAUUCAGUUCUACAACAUCUUCCCUAGACAUCGUUGGCUGGAUGGUGUGGCCUGGUAAUACCACCAUGAGUUUGAACCAGAGCUUCUUUGGGACCGAAUACAGCUUCAAUCUCUCCGCAUCAUCCUCCUCUUCAUCCUCGCCUCAUGGUGUGGAAAGGGAGGAGCUAAAGGAAAAGAACUGGCCAGCCCUAUUGAUACUGGUGAUUAUCUUCUUGACAAUUGGAGGGAAUAUCUUGGUUAUUUUGGCCGUUUCGCUGGAAAAAAAGCUGCAGAAUGCAACAAACUUCUUCCUGCGCUCGCUUGCGGUGGCGGACAUGCUGGUGGGAAUCUUGGUCAUGCCUAUCUCACUAAUUAACAUUCUGUAUGAUUAUGCCUGGCCAUUGCCCAGUGCUCUUUGUCCUAUUUGGAUAUAUCUGGAUGUGCUCUUCUCCACUGCUUCCAUCAUGCACCUGUGUGCCAUUUCUCUUGACCGCUACGUGGCCAUACGCAAUCCAAUCGAGCACAGCCGGUUCAACUCACGCACCAAGGCCAUGUUGAAGAUUGCUGCAGUCUGGACCAUUUCAAUAGGUAUCUCAAUGCCUAUCCCAGUGAUCGGACUGCGUAACAGAGAGAAGGUUUUUAUAAAUGGCAACUGUGCUCUGAAUGAGGAACGCUUCAUAUUGGUUGGCUCUUUUGUUGCAUUCUUCAUCCCCCUGGUCAUCAUGGUGGUCACAUAUUGUCUCACUGUCCAAGCACUUCAACAUCAGGCCACAGUCUUCCUUUAUGAGGGUAAAGCCUCUUCUCAGCAGCCUUCGCAGCCUCCGGCACCGCUCUCUACCCAGCUUGUCCCACCUUCAGCUCCAUCCCGUCGCAACAGCCUGAACUGUCUUCGGAUCAGCAACAGUGAUGGAAAAACCCUCAGUCUGACCACGCCAUUGGACACCAUCUCAAUAAUCCCAAGUUCAGAAGCUCCCUCUCAGCUGAAUUCGCCUGCUGGGCGGGACCCAGGAGGAGCCCGCGGCCGGCGUGGAAUGAUGCAGGCCAUCAAGAAUGAGCGGCGGGCAUCCAAGGUGUUGGGUGUGGUGUUCUUCCUCUUCCUUAUCAUGUGGUGUCCCUUUUUCAUCACCAAUGUUCUCUAUGUCAUCUGCCAUGGUGCCUGUAAUGAGCCACUACUCACAGAACUGCUAAAUGUGUUUGUAUGGGUGGGGUACAUUUCAUCAGGGGUUAACCCUUUAGUGUACACAUUGUUUAACAAGACCUACCGACGGGCAUUUUCGAGUUACAUGCACUGCCAGUAUAGACAAGUGGGGCUUAAACCCAUCCCUAUACAUGUUCCUUGUCCAUCUCAUGCGGCAGUCACGCCUAUCCUUAUCUGCCAAAAAGUUGCCAUUGAUCGGAACAGUAACUGCCGAAAUGGGGAUGGGAAUGGAAUCCGGAACCUGGAGCCUCAUGACAUGGACACUGACCCUGGACUGGAGCUGAAACCAGGAAUAACAGAGCUUUCCAUUAACAGCAGCCAUACGCACACAGAACACACCAGCAGUGUCUAAAAGGUAUCUUUGAAUCUGACAUAGACACUAAGACGGGGUGUGACUUUGCUCCAAGUGAUCUACCUAGAUUUGUCUCAAGGAGAUGUAACACCUAAAAGAACUCAUAACAGCACUGUGAUUGGCUGUCUCUACAACCUCAGCUGUAUCAUAGCUUAGAAUGUAUUCUGAUCAAGAGUUAGCAACAGAAACAAUAAACUGACCAGGAGAUAUUGUGUCAGUGCAAGGAAAGGGAGAGAGAAUGUCAAUGUAUUUACAGUAUGAGUGUUUUUGUUAACAAGUUCAGAUUUUUGAAUGCCAAUAAGUACUGCAUGAGCGCCCAGUCUCUUACUAAAGCAGCACUGGACACUAUGAGUAUUGCUGACACCAUAAGACUGCAAUUUACUCAGUGUGCUGCAAAUAUCUGACAGGUAGAGUCACAGCAUCCUCUUGUGGUCAUUUGAGUAAUUACAAAAGAUGCAGUGCAAAUCCAAAAAAAAAAAAAAAAAAAAAUUUGAAAAGAAAUGACUGCCCCAUCCAAGCUAGUUGCAUUAAAAUAUGGAUGAAGCUAUGCUGUCUAAAAACACUUGCAAGUCGGAUUAUUGUUUGUGUAGCUUAUAAAUAUCUCCAGUAAUAUAUGUUGGAUCCUUUGGGAGUUGUAUUAACACAAUAGCAUAGUUAAGACACCAUAUCAUCUUUUCCUGGUCAAUAAAUGCGGUGGAAAUGACUGCAAUACUCCAGUUAUUUUCAAACCACUUCUCACAAUGGCAUAGCAAACUGGACCAAACAGCAGAAUGAGUGAAAUUCAAACUCCACAAAAACUCAUAUCACAGAUUUUGGUGUGCUUCUUUAAUCUUUAAAAAGACACAACAAGUGCAAUUCGAGAAGGGUUUAAUUUAGCUGAAAAGUCCAAAUUGCUUCUUUAGGAUUUCCUCAGAAGGUUUUUUUUUUUUUCUCUAAUUUGAAGUAGCCUAAUAGCCUCUAGCUCUGGAGAACACUCUCUCCUGAAUGUAAGAUUAGUUGUUAGAUGCCUCAUCAGGUGGUCAUGAAUGACUGAGGGAAGAAGCAACAUUGCACAAGAGUACUUAAACCAUUUACUUUAUCUGGACGGACUGUUCAUGACAACAAAUGUUUGUCUGUAUGACCGAAAAUGUUCAUAUGAGAACGUCCAGGAACAUUUAAUGAAUAAAGCUGUAAAUUCUUGCUGUUUUUAUGUGUAGAACCUUAGAAUUUUCCUGAAUCACCUGUCCAUGUUCAAACUGCCAUUUUAUACCAUAG